UCGUAGCGAACACGGGGACAGUAAACACCCCCUCUACCAAUACCCCCGUCACAGGAGUGCCUGAUACCUGGCCUAGAAAAUGGCUGCGAACUGACCGGAGACUUAGAAGAUUGAAUACUGAACUGUUGGAAGCUAUAGCGAGUUGCGAUAUUGAGGAGACUAAAAGACUCCUCAGAAUUGGUGCCAACCCUAACGCAACCCACUGCGUAACGCUUGACCGGGUUCGCCAUUACCCAGCUCUGUCAGAAAGAGAAGUGGUUACUCGUUUCAUUAACGACGGAGCUGAGAAACAGCAGCUCGACGAACUAGGAAUUAAUGUUUCAAACAUGGGAAGUUAUGUCAACAAUGCUGGGCACAUGAAUUUGAACCUGUAUUUUACGGAAGACAUGCCAAGUUACAUGGAAAACGAUAACGUAUUAUCAAAAGUUGAUGAAGUAAUGAAAAAUCUCUGCCCCAAGACCAAAGAUCUGGCGAAUAUUCGCUGCACGAUAGAAGACGAAUAUACUGGGCUGUCAUUGGACUGGAACGACAAUAUAUUGAGAUGUUCCGUUACUGCUUACUUUCCUGUUGUAAAACCAGGCUGGACGCCACUCCACGUAGCAAGCGCACACGCUCAACUCGACAUUGCUAGACUGCUACUGGCUGUUGGAGCAGACCCGAACGUCGUCGACAAACAUGGUUACACUCCAUUGGACGUCGUUUGCUGCGCUAAUAUCGACUCUGAAGACAUUAAUGUGGAGAAUUUCACAGGAAUCAUAAAAACGUUGCUUGAAGCUGGUGGGCAAUUUAAUACAAUGAAAGCUGAAGGCAUAAACUACGUUGACACUCCUCUCCACAUGGCAGUGGAAUUGAAAGCUGUGGAUACGAUAAAAGCACUGCUGAACUCUGGAGCUUCAGUCGUUUGUUUGAACAAAGCUGGUCAAACCCCACUACAUGUCUGUGUGUUGAAUAAAUUGGAAGAACCUUUAAAGAUUCUGGUGAACCACAGAACCAACGACGAUGAUCCUUUGUCAGCAACAGUAAACGUGAAGGACUGUGGCGGCCACACAAUGCUGCAUGUUGCAGUCGCCGAGGCGUGGAUGCCAGGUGUCUGCAUUGCUUUGGAAGCUGGCGCUGAUGUUACUUUAAAAGCAAAUAAUGGAGAAACACCGGUACAUACGGCUGCAGCACUAGGCAAUAUUGAUAUCUUGGACAAAAUUCUCAUUUCAGCAAAACAAACAAAUUUAAUUGACUGCCAAAACGGUAAAGGCGAAACACCUCUGUUUAAAGCCAUUUAUCAUGGACAUUUGGAUUGCGUUAAAGCGUUACUUGUUAAAGGAGAUAAAAUGAAAAUUGCUCUAUGCAGAAAUAUAAAAGUUUUAUGCGUAGCCGCUGAAAAUGGUCAUACAGAAAUACUAAAAUAUUUACUUUCAUAUAUACCUUCCGUUUUAGUUACGUUAUAUAAUAAAAAUAUAAUCGCUGAUGGUUUUGGCCUUAUACAUUUCGCUGUAUCAAACAAUCAUGCCGAUUGCGUGAAAUUACUAUUGUUUUAUGGAGCUGACAUAAAAUUAAAGACUACAUGCAAUCCAGACAAGUACUCAACUCCAUUACACAUUGCAGCAGUCAAUAACUAUGUCGAUAUUGCAAGGAUUUUGCUGGAGAAGGACAAAACAACAAUACAUGUGGUCAAUAGUAUGGGUUGGACUCCACUGCAUUCAGCUGCACAUCAUAGUAAUAGAGAUGUCAUAACCUUACUUUUAAGAGAAGGAGCAGAUUUAUCAGGCUAUACUACUGAUUCUAAGGAAUUACGAAAAACAGCAAUAGGUAUAAUAGUAAAUAACUUAUCGAAACCAAUAGAUUUUAUGGAAGAAGUCUUUGAUUCUUACAUUUCGAGGAAUGAUUUGAACGUGAAAGAUCCGAAUUGUAAAAUAACCGUUGACUAUAGCAUACUAUUGCCUAGUGCAUGUGAAAAUAAUCAGAUGAAAGUAAUUCAAGCAUUGAUGAAAACAGGGAAUAAAUAUGGACAAAAUAGAUUGCUAGUACAUCCAUUGGUCGAGAGUUUCCUUUACUUAAAAUGGAAAGCGUUGCUACCUUUAUUCAAUAUAAUACUAGCAAUGCAUGUGUUAUUCGUAAUGUCAUUGACCGUUUUCAGUGUGUCGGUGUUUUUCUAUAAAGACACGGAUGAUGAACCACCAACGUGGUUGAGUCCUCAUAUUUGGAUGUAUAUUGUCUAUGUUACGAUAGCCUUGUUGCUAUUACAGCAACUCCUCUACAUGAACAUAAAAGGCAGUCGGCACUUCAUCCUAGCCGCCAUCUUUCCAUUUGCAGUCAUCAUAAACUCCGAGGGGAAUUGGACUCAGCAUAUAACAUCAUUGGCUUUGCUAUUAUCCUGGAUGGAAUUGAUGUUCUUCUUGUCUAGGUUCCCAAAUUGGGGAUAUUAUAUUUGGAAUAUGUUUGGGAAGUUCGCUUCUAAUGUUUUGAAGAUUCUCGCAAUAUUCGUUUUCUUGCUCAUCGCUUUUUCCCUCUGUAUAAUACAAUUUAAAUCUAAAACCCCUUCUGAAAAUCCCUGGGAAGUUUUCGUCAAGACCAUGGACAUAAUGACUUCGGAGUUUGACUACAAGGAUAUAUUCUUCAAUGGUUAUUUCAAUGACUCCACUGCUUCCUUAAUAAUAGUGACAGUUAUAUUUCUGAUAUUUGUGAUCGUUGUUCCUAUUGUUUUAUUGAAUUUAACGGUUCGUGUUGGUGAUGAUAAUAAUAAGGAUAUGGAAGUUCAUGGUAAUAUCAGACGAUUGGCUAAACAAGUUGAAUUUUUAUGCACUUUAAACACUUUAGUCCAUAACAAAGUAUUAUCUACUAUAUUACCAAGGGAAGUGAAUCGUAGUAUUAAGAAUAAAAGUAAUGUGGUUAGGAAUUUUAAUCUGUACCCUGGAAAACCUGGGUGCAAGCAAAAUAAGCUACUGCCUUCGAGGCUGCAAGAUGAGAUUUUCAAUAAGGCCUUAAUAGAGAACAAAUAAAUGGAUAAUGCUUUAGGUUUCCAAAUAUUCUUUAAGAGCACU